AAGUAGUUAGAACUGGAAAAAGUGAAACUGCUCCUGUAACUCCAGCUGCACUCGUAUGCGCCAUCUUCAACUUGAUCACGCCUUCACCAAAAAUAAGCAGCUCUGACGUACAUUCCUGAAACGAGGCUCUUGAGUUGAAGCCGACAACGGAACGCUCGGUUCGCAGUAUCGAAUUCCGAAAGGAAGACUGCGUGCGUAAAUAUGUCGUCCAUCAUACUUUUAAGGAAAGUUCAGUCCGUAUUGAGAUUAUCUAAGUGUGCGAAAGUUCCACGGACCCCCGCACGACCCCAGCGAUCCAGCCUGCAGUGUGUCGCGUAUCGUGCUCUCCAUGUGGACAGUCCUCCCAGUGUGCCAGAGGUCACCACCAGCUAUGUCCACGGCACUUCCUCCAGAUCUUUGCUGUCCCAAACCAUUGGCCAAACCCUACAGAACACCGCAGAGCGAUGGCCUGACCGCGAGGCUGUGGUCUUCCUGCAGGACGGCAUCCGCAAGACGUUCGCACAGUUCCAACAGGAUGUGGACCAGGCGGCUGCUGGGCUGCUUGCUCUGGGGCUAAAGAGGGGGGACCGGCUCGGGAUGUGGGGGCCGAACAUCUACGAGUGGAUCCUGGUCCAGUUCGCCACAGCCAAGGCCGGCAUCCUACUGGUGUCUUUGAACCCAGCCUAUCAGCUUCAGGAGCUGGAAUAUGCCCUGAAUAAGGUUAAAUGCAAUGCGAUCGUGUGUCCCACAAAGUUCAAGACCCAGAACUACUGUGACAUGCUGAGGCAGCUCUGCCCUGAGGUAGAGACAGCAAUGCCUGGAGGCCUCAAGAGUGCUAGACUGCCCGACCUGCGCAUGGUGAUUGUGACAGACAGCCGACAGACCGGAAUGUUCCACAUGGACGAUGUGAUGCAGGCGGCAGACAGCCAACAUCGGCAGGAACUGGAUAUCCUGCAGAAGAAGCUAUCCUUCGAUGACCCCAUUAACAUCCUGUUCACAUCGGGCACCACAGGGAGGCCAAAAGGUGCUGCUCUGUCCCACCACAACCUCAUCAAUAAUGCCUACUUCGUAGGGAUACGUAUUGGCUAUGCCUGGAGGCGGCAUGUGCGCGCUUGUCUCCCUGUACCCCUGUAUCACUGCUUUGCCUCAGUGGGAGGAGCGCUAACCAUGGCCCAGCAUGGCAUCACCCUCAUUUUCCCCUCAACUGCUUACGACAGCCGGGCCAACCUGGAGGCCAUCCAGAAAGAGAGGUGCACCGCUUUAUACGGCGUGCCCACCAUGUACAUCGACAUGCUGGGGCAACCAGAACUGAACAAGUAUGACCUGUCCUCUCUAGAAACAGGAUUCAUGGGUGGCUCUCCCUGUCCACCUGAGGUCAUGAAAAAGGUCAUGACUACCAUGAAUAUGAAGGAGGUGGUGAUCGGGUACGGCACCACAGAGAACAGCCCUGCCACAUUUGUUGGGUUCCCGAGAGACGACCUGGAGAAAAAGACAGAGACUGUAGGCUGUAUUAUGAACCAUACUGAGGCGAAGGUGGUGGACCCUAGUACUAGGCAGAUUGUGCCCCUGGGGACAUCAGGAGAGCUGAUGAUCCGGGGAUAUUGUGUGAUGCAGGAGUAUUGGAACGAUCCUGACAAAACACUGGAGUGCAUCUCCAAGGACCGCUGGUACAAGACCGGUGACAUCGCAAGUCUAGACGAGUAUGGAUACUGCCGAAUCGAGGGCAGGAUCAAAGACAUGAUCAUCCGAGGAGGAGAGAACAUCUAUCCUGCUGAAAUCGAGCAGUUCCUUCACACCCACCCCAAAGUGCUUGACGUGCAGGUGGUUGGGGUGCGGGAUGAGAGGAUGGGGGAGGAGGUAUUCGCCUGCAUUAAGAUGAAGGAGGGACAGGACUGCACUGCUGAGGAAAUCAAAGCCUACUGCAAGGGCCAGAUCGCCCAUUUCAAAAUCCCACGCUAUGUGACAUUUGUGCAGGACUACCCGCUCACUAUCAAUGGAAAGGUCCAGAAGAACAAGCUGCGUGCAGAGAUGGAGAAGAGCCUGGGAGUAUGAUGGGCCAGUUUGAGCGUGUGGCUGUGUCUCAAGCAGAAGGCAGCUGCAGGCAGCAUUUAAAAGCAACGUUUUCAUUUCUCAUUGUGGAACACUUGUCUUUCGUAGGCAUGUCCCAAACCAAGAUCAUAAAAAAACACGUCCUUCUAAGGUGCCUUACUUAGGUUCAAUUUGAAGGCAACAUUGAUUUGUCCUUCAUGAUCACACCGGAGAUAUAAUUAUCCUUCUAGAACUGGCGUAAUCAUAAUGAUAUUAUAUAAUUAAUUAUAUCAAUUAAUUAUUAUGAAUAUUAUGCACUAAUAUUUCAAUAAAAUCAAUACAUUCAAUUGAUACUGAAUUCAUAUAAAUGAUUCAUCGAACAUAUAUUUUAUAUAUUUUGGGAAUUCUUUGAAUUCAUGCAAUACACAAUACAAAAGUAAUGUUAAUACAAACAACCUUGGAAGAUAUAAUAAAGUUUAUUGAACACAAAGUACCGAAAA